AUAGCUUUUGUAGUUUGUUGCAUUUUCUUUCUUAGCUCUCUACCUCCCUCUUCCUUUCAAACCAUGGGAGGCAGCAAACUCACUCACAUCCUCUUCUUCUUCAUCAUCUUCUUCUUUGUAUGUUGGCCUAGUGUCAUGUCUACCAAAACAAUGAUGCAGCCGCGCCAGCCCUGCAACAGCUUAGUAUUAUACUUCCAUGACAUUAUCUACAAUGGCAAGAAUGCCGCGAAUGCGACCUCUGCGAUCGUGGGUGCACCCGAUGGGGCAAACCUAACCAUCUUAGCUGGAAAUAAGCAUUUUGGCAAUAUGGUUGUGUUCGACGAUCCAAUCACGCUAGAUAACAAUCUGCACUCUGAGCCAAUAGGCCGCGCGCAAGGUUUCUACUUCUAUGACAAGAAAGACAUCUUCACAGCCUGGCUAGGCUUCUCCUUUGUGCUCAACUCGACAGACCAUAAAGGAACCAUAAACUUCGCCGGAGCCGAUCCGUUGAUGAACAAGACAAGGGACAUUUCGGUGAUCGGUGGGACCGGGGACUUCUUCAUGACCCGAGGGAUUGCUACAUUGAUGACUGAUGCUUUCGAGGGAGAAGUGUAUUUCCGACUCCGCGUCGACAUCAAGCUAUAUGAGUGUUACUGAAAUGGACUUUGUGGGUUGCCAUCACCUUUCUCAUCUUCUUGUAAUUUAGAUAUGCAUAAGUUAUUUUGAAUAAAUGGAUUUAAGUAAUCCUUUAAUUAUAUGGUGUUAUACAACUUUCAUGCAUGCUA